GCGUGUUUGGCUGAUACUUGUGUGUUCCGCCCUGGCCCUUUUUGCAAGUGGCCUGUAGAACAGUGAAGCCAUGAUCAGUCUGCUUUCCAGGGUGGGCUCCUAUUUCUGGAGAAGAGCAGAUUCUUGGGAUGAGGUUGAACGUGGUGCAGACUUCUCCAUGGUUAGAUAUAUAGAUGGAGUGGUAACCCGUUUUUGCAAUGGUUAUGGCAUGAUAAAUGACCAAGUUUAUUUUACAAAUGAUGUCGUGAUUGGCAGGGAGCCAUUAAGCGUUGGACAAAAGGUCAAUGUCGCAUUUGAAGAAGAUAGGACAUCUGGAGGCUGGAGAGCUGUGAAAGUGCAGACUAUAUCUGACAGAUGGGAAGCUGACACUUCUGAAAAUACAAAUACUUGGGAUCUCGGCAUAAAGAUUUUAAUUGGUAGCAUUACUUCCUGCUACAAAGAUGGUGGAGAUAUUAACCAGACAACAUAUUUUUCGAUGUGUAAUGUAUGUGAAGGAUAUGAGCCAUACAAAGGAGACUGGGUAAAAGCAGAAUAUGUUAUAAAUCCAUCAACAUGGAGCAGUGAGGCAUGCUUGGUAAAACCGCUUCGGUGUAAACGAGUAGACGAAGUCAGAAUUUCUGCCUUUUAUGGAAGAAGUGGAGUUGCCGAUGAGAGUAUAUUCUUCACAAUGGAUUCCCUAAGGCUUCCUCAAGGCUAUGAACCUAAACGAGGCGAUCUUGUAAAUGCAGUAGUUAUAGAAAGUAACCAGUCAUGCUAUGUAUGGCGGGCUCUUUGCAUUGCCCCAGCAAACAAAGACCGAUUAUCUGCUUCUAAAGACGUGAACGGCCAAGACCAGUACUCUGCUACAUUGAUGAUGAACAAAGGGGGUUUGGAGAUUUCCAGAAUGACUAACUUUGGUGUGAUAAAACAAGGCCAUAGCAGAACAAUAAAGAUUUGCAUAGAGAAUAAAGGCGCUGAAACACAAUACCUAGUCGCUUGCAAAGUUGCAGGUUGGGAAAAGGAAAACAGAUUCAGGUUUGAAAUGUGUCUCCCGCCAUCUGGGACUGAUGUGUCCUCACCACAAACACUUUGUUGCACAUCUCAGCCUCAAAAGUCACUUGAUGUAACUGCUUGUUCUACUCAAGACAAGUUAUAUGAAGCUAAUUCUGCUGAUUUAGCAGAAAAAAAAACUUUAAGCACUAGGUUUGGUCACUGCAAUGUGCCUUGUGCAGCUCUGCCUUCAACAGGUCAGUAUUACAGAUAUAUCAAUAAGGCUUCUCCUAUAAGCACUUUGUUGGGCAAAUCAUUAUUCUAUAAAAACGUGGAGGCAUCUCGGGACAAUACUCUUGGCGCUCUCAAAAAGCUCACAGUGCACGAGGAGCUUUCAUUUACACCCAGCAUGAUUGCUUGCCCCAGAGAUAAUGACUCGGAAAAAGACCUUGUGGAAACGGAACCAAGUUCCAGCCGAGGCAGUAAUGAGGCAAUGGUGAUUCACCCUGGGGUGAUGGAAUUCAUAGAGAUCACUUGUGACGCAAGAAAUCCAGGUCGCUGCAAAGAGUUGGUAUUGUUCUUUUUCGUUGACUUUGUGAUUGGACGUUACCUUGAAGCAAAGAUUGAAAGUGAGGAAGAAGCAAUAUUGUUAACUCCCACCGAAGUAACCUCUAGACAGAAUAAAAGUCUGACAGAAUCAACCCUUACCAAAACAGUUCUGACUGCACCACCAAGAAAGUCCAGAAGACAGCUUCCAAGUUUUUUACCAAGCUAUCCCAUACCAGACAGGCUUAGGAAAUGUGUGGAACAUGAUAUGGAUGUAUUGGCAUUAGAACCUUGCUUAGGAGAGGUGCUUAAUUUAUCCAAUUAUAAAAAGAAAAUGUCAACUUUGCUGUGGCUGGAGGACAUUCACAUGGAGAUAGAAAUGCAAGAGUUCAGCCUGAGCGGGGUUUGUUUACAGAAGCAUGGAGGAUACCUUGUACUGGAGGUGCCAGGGCUGGCAGAGGGGAGACCCUCCUUAUAUCCAGGUGACAAAAUUAUUCUAAAAUAUCAAGCUUAUGCCACACCUGUGAUAGAAUUUGUUGGUACAGUUUUUGAAAUACAUGAGGAGGAUGUCGCACUUCGAGUGAACUCUGACUUUGAGCAGUCCUACAACUUUGAGCCAAUGGAUGUGGAAUUCACAUUGAACAGAACACCGAGCAGAAGAUGCCAGUUUGCUGUUGAACAGGCAAAACACCUAGGGCAAAGAGUGUUGUUUCCGGAGACCCUGGUGUUGCAGUCUCCACAAGUUGUCACUACAGGGAGCAGUGAUCAGGAUUGUUUUGACCGAUCAGAACAGACUCUAAGCCAACAAGAAAAUCAGGGUAAGAAGCCACAAGAAUCAUGCUCUAAUCAAACAAUACGAGAAAGGAAUGCUGUGUACAUCAAUGACAUGGUGACUGUGGCAACCCAGACUAACAGUGGCCAGGAUUCACCUGUUAAAAAGAGGAAUGAGUUUUUCAAUCCCAUGCUGAAUGAAUACCAGAAGCUGGCUGUGAGGCGGGUUCUGAGUGGAGAAUGCCGGCCAACGCCAUAUAUUCUCUUUGGGCCCCCGGGGACAGGCAAGACUGUAACCGUCAUAGAAGCCAUUUUACAGGUGUCUAUCACAUAUUACAGAAUCCAUUAUGCAGGAUCAGACAGUCGCAUUUUGGUAUGUGCACCCUCUAAUAGUGCAGCUGAUCUGGUCUGUUUACGGCUUCACGAAACUCAAAAGCUUGAGCCUGGAAGCAUGGUGAGGAUGAAUGCCACAAGCCGGCAAGAAGAGAGCAUUCCAGAUGUUGUGAAGCCAUACUGUAGGGCUGGGGAAGAUAUCCGUAAAGCCUCACGUUUUCGCAUUAUCAUUUCCACUUGUAGUAGUGCAGGCAUGUUUUACCAGAUAGGCUUAAGGGUUGGACAUUUCACUCAUGUGUUUGUGGAUGAAGCAGGACAAGCUAGUGAACCAGAGUGUCUUAUACCUCUAGGUCUGAUCUCUGAAGUGAAUGGACAGAUUGUUCUUGCUGGUGACCCGAUGCAGCUUGGGCCUGUGGUAAAGUCUAGAAUUGCCUUGGCAUAUGGGCUGAACAUAUCUCUUUUGGAAAGGUUGAUGUCUAGACCAUUGUAUUUAAGAGACGAAGACACGUACGGGGCGUGUGGAAACUACAAUCCAUUGUUGAUCACAAAGCUUAUGAAGAACUACAGAUCACACACUGCCUUACUUCAGCUCCCUUCCAGGCUGUUUUACCACAAAGAGCUAGAAGUAUGUGCUGACCCUUGUGUUGUAAACCGGCUUUUGAGAUGGGACAAGCUACCAAGUAAAGGCUUCCCUUUAAUUUUCCAUGGUGUGAGGGGAACUGAAAUGCGUGAAGGGAACAAUCCUUCCUGGUUCAACCCCUCAGAAGCUGUUCAGGUCAUGCGGUACUGCUGCGUUCUUGCUAAACAAAUCACAACAUCUGUGUCGCCUAAGGACAUUGGUGUAAUUGCUCCAUAUAGGAAACAGGUUGAGAAAAUACGGACUCUGCUUAGGACUGUGGAUCUUUCAGACAUAAAAGUUGGGUCUGUAGAAGAGUUCCAAGGUCAAGAAUUCUUGGUAAUCAUUAUUUCAAUGGUGCGAUCAUGUGAGGAUUCUUUGUAUAAUGAUUCAAAAUAUUUUCUGGGAUUUCUGACCAAUCCAAAACGGUAUAAUGUUGCAACAACUAGACCAAAGGCACUGCUCAUUGUUCUGGGAAAUCCACACGUCCUUGUCAGAGAUCCAUGCAUUUGUGCUUUACUUGAAUACUGCAUAGUAAAUGGAGCGUACACAGGCUGUAACCUACCUCCUGGGCUUGAAUCUCUUCAACAGUGUGAUUAGAUCCACUGCCUUGUUAAAUGCUUGAAAAUGAGCACUGAUAUUCAUCCAGACAGUCCAAGACAACAGGUUAUCAAGAGAACCAAAUGUGCUAAAUGUUUCCUACUAGGGAAAAAUAA